AUGCUGGAUGUGCUGCGACACGUACCCGCGCCAGUGGUGGUCGUGACUGCGGCGUACCAAGGCUCGAUAAGCGGCGGAAGCAGAAGCAGCGGUGGUGGAGGAGGUAAAGGUGAUGCCCAAGCUGAAGCGGAUGAGGAGCUGCACGUGCGAGGGAUGACGUGCAGUAGCUUCAUCAGUGUGUCCAUGGAUCCGCCGCUCAUCUCCGUCUGCAUUCGCAAAGAAUCCCACUUCCUCGAUGUGCUGAAUCGCAGCACGGGUUUUGGUGUGCACUUACUGAACGAGGCGAACAAGGACUUCGCCAACGGCUUCGCACGACCAGCGGACAGCACACGAGAGGCCUUCUCCAGCGUUGUGAAGGACUGGGAGCUUGUCUCUCUGUCAAACUUCACUGCGAACAACAGUGGCGCUACAGCAGGAAGCAGCGAUGCGGCAGCAUCAGCUGAUGUAAGCAGCAUUGUGCCUCGCAUCGGCGGCACCAUGGCAAUGCUGCUGUGCCGCACGUAUGCUAUGCAUGAUGCAGGAGACCAUCACCUGCUUCUUGGUCAAGUGGUAGCGAUGGAUGUUAGUGACUUCCAUCCCCUCAUCUACAUGAACCGCCACUACCACCAGCUGGGUCAUUCCAUAUAA